GUGAAAAUAUUAUUUAAAUCUGAAUUGAAAUGAUGGGUCGUUUGCUUGCUUGUUUUCUUGUAUAGCUUGCUUGUUUGUUUUUUUAAGUCACUCUUGUUAAUUGUCCUGCAGUCAUGGUAUGUACCAGAUAGCCAAGAAAGCUGACAUGGUGAAGUUAUAUACAGCAUCCUUGUGACCUUUUUGAAGUGAAGAUACAUGUCUGUCCAAUAAAGCCUGGACCAAAUGACAGUGACAGCUGCCUCGUGACAUUCAGUUUGAAUUGAACAGGUUUGCUCACAAGUCAGGAGCAAGUAUUUCAUUACAGACUGUGCACCAAGACCAACAUAAGCCCCCAAAAGUGAAACUUUCCCUCAGUAGCUAUGGAAAGUGCAUCAGUGGACUAAGAUGCACUUCACAGGCUCCUCCUUGUGUCCUUGCUUUGACUUUUCUGCCUCCUGCAAGCUGUCAUCUUCUAUUGGCAUUUGCAUGUUGGUGUAGCACUUGCAAGGGAAGAAAACCUCUCUUUGUCUCUCAGGAGGGAUCCAGGGUGUUAUGGGAACUGGCCACUCAAAGAACAAGAGAAGAAGAAGCAUGGUUUUUCUGAGGAAAAGUUCAAAGUUGCCUGCGUGGGAAGAUGCUCUUCUCUCAGGGAAAGAGCCCAAAUCACUGCUGAAACGGGGAUUGCAUUAUGUCAGUUUGAGCCUCAUAAUGAAAGGGAUGACCAGCACGCCUGACUUCUUGUGGGGACUGCGUGAGGUACAGAAACUGAACCUUUCACGCAACCAGCUGGUGAUGAUUCCUCCUUCACUGGCGAAGCUGGACAGGCUGGUAGUGUUGAACUUGGGUGGUAACUGCCUCAAGUGUCUGCCUAAAGAGAUUGGGCUGCUGAGAAACCUGAAGGUCUUGUUUGUCAAUAUGAACUGCCUGACAGAGGUGCCAGCGGAGCUCAGCUUGUGCAGGAAGCUGGAAGUUUUGAGCCUCUCGCACAACUGCAUCUCACAAUUGCCCCUGAGCUUCACCGACCUGACGAAUCUGAGGAAACUGAACCUCAGUAACAACCGUUUUGUGCAAAUUCCCCUCUGUGUUUUUGCACUGAGGAGCUUGGACUUCUUGCACCUAGGAUCCAACAAGCUUGAAAGCAUCGCAGAGAGUGUCCAGUAUCUGGUCAGUUUGCAAAUCUUUAUUGUAGAGAAUAACAAGAUACGCAGCCUGCCACGGUCCCUCUGCUUCCUCACCACUCUGGAGUUACUAAAUGUUGAUUACAACGCCAUACAGACUCUCCCGGAUGACCUCUACCUGCUGCGCCGGCUGCCCCGCAUCGCCUGGAACCCGAUGGACAAAGGCCUCCAUGUUGCUCACAAUCCCUUGUCCCGGCCCCUGCCUGAGGUUGUUGAGGGGGGGCUGAACGUCCUCUUCAGCUACCUCAGGGAGAGAAAGGAGCACAGCUGAGUUUCCGCUGAGCUUAGGAUUUAGCCUGUCAUCAAGACUCAGCCAUAUCGGAGCACUUCCCUGCGCAGGCAUUUCCACUUCAUAAUGCUCAGAUUUCGAAGACUGUGAAUGGCUUUAGUAACGGUUGGAGGAAAGCAAGUAAAGUAUGAUGGUCUUGAUUAAGUGUGUGAAGAGUAAGCUUUCUAAAAAUAUCCACCUCUGCAGCCUUCAGUGUUGGUGUGUUUGGUUUUUUUUCAGGAAAACAAAACAAAACUCAAACCUGUGAUGUUUGCUCUUCAUUUGAAAGAAACAAAUCAAGGCUGCUAGAACUGCAGAAAUCUGUAUUUGCCAGCUAUUAGGUUGGAGGAAUAUUAAUAUAAAUUAGAUUUCCUAUAUGUGAUUGCAGUUGCACUUAAACUCCUGCUCACUUCUUCAGAUAAACCACUACAUAAACAAACACUGCUAUCUAAGUGAGCCUCAAGGAAAAUUUUUAAUUUACUUUUGGCAGUGAAUAUAUCCUGAGCUAUAUUAGCCCACAGACAGUAUAUUUCUUGCUAGUUCAAUACCAUUUGUUUUUUACUCCAUGGCUGUGUGCUGGCCUCUAUAUAUUACAGGUGAAGAUUGCUGUUGCUGAGGCAAUUUCCCAGUUCUUCGGCAGAAGACUCCAGACUUCUCUAAAGCCUCCAGUUCCCCUCCUGAGGCAUACAGCCCACUCAGGAUGCCUACAGUGGUGCAUCACAUCAGCUGGGAGCAGCAUCCACUCCAAGCACAGAAAUGAACGUGGGUCCUUAUUCCUUCAAAGGAAGGCCGUCAGAUGAAGUUGCUCAUUACUUGAUGAACAGCUGCACUCUGUUCCCUUUCCUGCAUCCCUGCAAUUGGAGCUGUGGAGUAACUUUACUCAGGAGACCAUAUGUCUCCUAAAGGUGAAAUAUUUCUUUCAGUAAAAGCAGCAUCAAACCAAUCAUCAGCUAAAGUAAGAGCUUCAGAAACACAUAGUUACUUCUGUGAUUUUCAGUAUCAGCCAGUAGCACCAAAGUCAGGUCUUAGAUGGCUUCUCAUAUUGAUCUUUUGUGAAUGUCCUUCAUCAAAGUUUUAUCUGGUAAUAAAGAGUCAGUUUGAAAGAGCUGUUAAAAAUUUAUGCAACCUGUGGGUUUGUUUGUUUUUUUCAUUCCCUCACACCAGUGUAAAAUAGAAACAACUCUGUUAAAAUCAGUUGAGAUAAAUGCUUGUAAUGGCAAUGCAAAAUAGGAAUGAGUCUGUAAUCCUUGAGCUAAUUCAGAGUAUUCAAAGCCACUUUUAGAGUGCUUCCUAUCCUACAUCAAUUCUCAGGAAUCAAUUAUUACCUUAAAACAUAAUUUGCUUGAAAUUAUGGAAGGCUAUGGAAGGCUGAUCCUGCUUCUAGGGAAGCUGAGGGAAAAACUCUUCAGAAGAGGCAGAAGCAGCCUGAUAAGAGCAGACAAGUACACAAUUAAUAGGUAUAUGCAAGCAAAGACAGUACCUUUGGCCACACUAAUGUUAUUAGUGUGGUAUUGAAUAUUGCAUGUAGCAAUGAAGAAUUGGUGUUCACAGAAUAUUCCACUCCAGGGCUGCCUACCCUAAUAUUUUAUUAUGUGGGAUUGUUUUGUGUUUCAUUUGUUAUCUUAAUCAAGACUUUCAGUGUUAUGCCCAGGAGUCGCAGUUUCCAAGUGUGCAGUCAAGGAUAAAUCUUAUGUUUCUAGAAAAUGAGAAACGUUUCUGAAGGGCACAUUUGCUUGAGCAUUAAGCAAACAAACAAGGCAAAUAAACAAACACUGAAGCACAA